UUCACCAUUCCCCACCUCGCCGGGGUUCAUGUCGCUUUGGCGGGCCUCGCUGGUGCUCACCUGUCUUGCCUGAUCUUUCCCUUGGCAUGACCAACCGCAGCCACACAGCGAACAAUAGCAGCGCCGACGUCGAUACGGCUGCUGAUCCACCAGCUGCCGAUCCAUCGGCUGCAUCUGCCUCAGAAACCCACAAGUCCUCCGAUGACGCAAGCGAUUUCGAUCAUUCGCUCGAAUCCUUACAGACGGUCCUUUCUGUGGUGGUCCUGCGAAGGGAUCGGUUCUUCCUGGACCAUCCGCUCGACUCGUUCCCUCCAGACAUCCUGCCGUCCGAUCUCGAAGCCGAGAGAACAGCAUGGCUAUUCAAGGAGAUUGAGACAGCUCUGGAAUCCUUCAACACCGCCGCGGCCCAGAUGGGGCUCGAGCCAGCACAGAUCGGCUACAGCGGAGCACCGGCCUUCUCGCAGCUGGGCUCGUCGCCUCCUCCUCACCCACAGACACAGACAGCGUCAUCACCGCAUCCACGUUUGUUCCGGCCCUCGGCCCAUCAGCGGGGUCGAUUCUAUUUGCUACGCGGCCAGCUGUUCAACUGUCUUUCGGGAUACUCCCCUCAAGCAGAGCAAGAUCUGUCCAAAUGCCUCAAGCUGAAUCCGGGAGCUUCCGAGGCCUGGAACUGUCUCGGCGAGUGCUUUUGGAAGAAGCUGGACCUGGAAAAUGCCCGGCGAUGUUUCGAAGCCGGACUAUCCAAGGCUCGCUCCAAGGAGCUGCUCUUGAGUCUCGCUCAACUAUUGCGACAGAGCGGGCAAGCCACGGAUGUCCAGAAGAGUUUGCAGGAAAGCCUGGUACUGUGCAAGGAGGCACUUGCGUCGAACCUCGACGAUCCUCUGCUCUGGAAUGGCCUGGGGACUGCCUACCUGAAGCUCUUCUUCAGCAAUUCACUCGACAGCUCGGAUUUGAAGCGGGCCCUGAGCGCCUAUAAUCGGGCGGAUUCGGUGAUGGGCGACACUAUCAACGUUGACCUCUACUACAAUCGAGCCACACUCUUUCAGUAUACCGAGCAGUACGAUAAGGCCGUUCAGGACUGGCGCCGGGUCGAGAAAAUCGAUCCAUGUAUGACAGCCGGAACCAGCCGGAGCCAUGAUCAGGGCAUAUCCCGUUUGUCGGUAUCGUGGAAUGUGAACGUUGAACGGAUCACAGAGUUGCUGCGGACUAUGGCCCACGAGAUUGACCGGAUCAAGACGAGCUCCGAUUUGUGGUUGGAUGCAGGCAAGCUAGCAGGCUAUACCAGUCUUCCGGCAUACUUUUCCGCCAUCAAAUGCACCAAGGUUGUGACCGACAUUAGCCAAUUGCUAGAGGGCUGCAACCCAGACGCCGUAUUUGUAUGCAAAAUUGUAGCAUCGGUCCGGCACAAUCUCGCGUUACCAGGAUCGUUCAUCGCAAUCGAUCAGAGCCGCAACGUUUUUGCUCUCAGUGUCUUCAACAUCGAUCGGGCUGUAUUCAACUCCAACGACGUCCUGUCAGUUGCUCUGCCAAUCCUGAGCGUCAUCAAUGCCAAAUAUGAAGAUCCGACUGGAACAGGCGAGAUCCCGCCCCCGGAGCUCCGUGUUGAGUACAAAACCAUCCGCAUUGAGCACCCACGGCAUGUGCUACUGAAUGAACGGGCCCUCCGACCAAGCCAAAUUGCAUGCACCGAGCUUGAGAUCGAGAACUCAGUGUUUUUGGCGGCAAACGACGUCGCCCCAACGUCCACAGCACUCCCCUGAGCACCAGGCAUCUUGGGCUGUUAGUUGGGCCAUGUGCCUGCUCGCCAGGCCGAUCCAAUGCGGCAUCGAUUCGGCUCAUCCAAGAGCAUAGCAUGCUCAGAACGGGGUAAUGCUGUCCUUGGGUAUCGUUCGCCUCAACCACUGCUUUCAGUGCAGCGAUCGCUGGUCCUCGGCGUGAAGGUUUUGCGACUGUUUCCCAACCUUGGUCGGCAAUCGAGUGGGUUUGGGUCGGAUUUGGGAGCACAGUCUUGCAUACACCAAUCGAUCUCUUUGGACGCAUUGUUGGUCAUGAUGAACAGGGGUGCAUUCGGGAUCCAGAACAAAGCGACAUCCCGACUCAAAAGCAGAGUCCCGAUUCGCUUGGGGCAUGCUGUCAAAAUGUGCGCCGCGCUUGUCUCAGGGUCGAUCGCAUACAGCACAUCAAUGGGG